UGAAUGUUUUUGGUUUCGCAGCAGUAUAGUUUCGUUCGUAAACUUACCUUUUCGCAAUCAUUUCGAUAACAAAGUCACAAAAAUAAUAUAUUUGUCUAAUGAUCGAUGUACGCGAAUAUUUACAAGUUCGUGUAUUCUUCGAUAACAGAGAUUCACUAGGGCACACGUCCCUAACAACGUGAAUCAAAGAAGAAUGUUUCCUAAGAAGAGAGAAACUUACCUGGUAUUUCUGGAUUUUCGAUGAUCUUCGUGCUGGACAUUUUGCGGUUAUCGUUUGAUUGAGAAGGAUGGAGGAGAAGACUGAGCUCUUAAAAUGUCUCGAGGAAAAAAUUUACAGUGGCAAAGCCACGGUACAUCGCCUGAAACCUGCAGGAACGGUCGAUGGGGUUGAAAAGCUUAUACGAAAGAUACAACAAGAGAUUAGAUUUUUAGAAAAGGUACAAUCUACAGGAAAUGUGAAAAAAGAACAUCUACAGAGCACAAAUCUGAUUCAUCUGAACGCGAUCGUGGCACGAUUAUUUUGUGCAGAUGAACCCAUCAAUGUUAUGAAACCCUUCAAAUACCAGAAAUCACGGUUGGAAGUAGAUAUAGUUUGCAACGGUGGUGCAUCUUGGAUAAAAGUUAUUGCUAGAAAUGCCAGAGCACUUACUUUAAUUUCGUUGGGCAAUGGUGAAUAUGGACAGAAAUCGGUGCUCGAUCAAGCAACAAGUUAUUUGCAAUGUGCCAAAUGUUAUCCAUACCUUUAUAGACCUCCAGAUGUUAUAUUUCAUUUUGCUUAUGGCAUAGAAAUACCAUUAGCCACGCAACUGGAACGCAUGGGAGUAAUUAUCGAAGGAGAUAGAAUAGAAUGCGAAGAUGGAAAGAGCAUGGACAUACAUGAUACAGAUGACAAAUUCUUCACAUGGAUGUAUACAUUAGAAUCCAUGGAUGAACAUUCGGACAAAUGCAAAGAGAAUCUACAUUCAGAUUUAGAAACCUUAAAUACAUUUUCUCUUGCAACUGAAAUAAAUAUUCUUAAUCUAGAUGUGUCAACUUUAUUGGCUUAUGUAACAAACAUGACUAAUGGAUAUGAUUAUUUUAUUUAUCGAGAACCAUUGCUCACGCAACAAGCAGAAAUGGAGAGGAAACGUCCAGUGAAACCAAUACUAGAUAAAUUAUUUAAAGAUAAAGAACUUAUUGUCUGCCAAACUGCUUAUGAAAAUUUCAUGAACAUUGUAAAUGUGAUUGGUGGAUCCAAAGAAACUCUUAGAGCAAAAGAGCUAUUGAACAGAGUUCAGAUUGUUAACGAUCUACCUACAGGCAGAAUUAUAGAGAAACUAAAUUUGGGUGGUAAAAUUAAAGAUAGAUCUCGACUAGUUUUUGCAACAGGUGAAAAUAAGAAAAGCAUUACUGUAUCUGCAAACGAAGGAUUUGUUAGGGCAGCACGUAUGCAGGGCAUUGAGUGCACAGUUUUUCUGCAUGAACCUAGAUCUCUUUCAGAGAUUAAAGAGGGUUAUGCAGCAAAAAUAAAUUCAUCUUGAUAUUGGUUGAAUGCAUUUUAGAUUAUUGCCAAAAAAUAUACACAGUACAUGAGAAAUAUUUCUAUUGUUUACUGUUAAAUGUAAUACAUAAAGCAUAUAGAAAUUAUUUUAUAUUGGUUCGGGC